UGCAGUAGGAGAUUGAGGAGGAAGAGAGCUGUGGAGGACCGACAGUAUGAGUACUACGAAGACCUCUUUGAUUUUCCAGAGGACCCGGAGAAUUGGAAGGAGGAGGAUGUGAUGGAGUAUUGGGCUGAUGCUCCAUUGGAGAUGACCAAGCCUGGUUGGGACCCCGAUUGGGCUGACGAGGAGGAUUGGGAGAUUGUUAGACAGGAGAUUGCUGCUGGGAGAGACCCUCCAAUUGCCCCGUUUUACGUUCCCUAUAGAAAGCCUUAUCCGGUCAUACCCGAUAACCAUUACGAUAUUAAGAACCCAAAAGCUGUGAUUGAAGAGUUGGAUAGGAUUGAGGAGUUUCUCACUUGGGUCAGCUACAUUUUCCCGGAUGGAAGCUCGUAUGAGGGCACUGUUUGGGAUGAUUUGGCUCAUGGCAAAGGCGUUUAUCUUGCUGAACAGGGAUUGGUCAGGUAUGAAGGUGAAUGGCUUCAAAAUAACAUGGAGGGUCAUGGUGUUGUGGAAGUUGAUAUCCCUGACAUAGAACCUAUGCCAGGUUCCAAGCUUGAAGCACAAAUGCGUGCUGAAGGGAAAAUAAUAUCACGAGAUUAUGUGUCCCCAGAAGAUAGAGAAUGGUUGGAGAUGGAUAUAGAAGACAGUGUUGCUUUGGCCGGAGAUAGCUACGAGAUACCUUUCUAUGAGAGGGACGAGUGGAUCAAUGUAUUUGGGAGGAAGCCGGAGAAAGGUCGUUAUCGAUAUGCUGGUCAGUGGAAGCACGGCAGGAUGCAUGGAUGUGGUGUAUAUGAAAUCAAUGAGCGCACUGUCUUUGGUAGGUUCUACUUUGGGCAACUACUGGAGGAUGAUUAUGGCUGUGAUGCAGAUAUAUCAGCGCAACCCCAUAACAAAUUGACCAAAGGAAUAAUAUCCUUCCACACUUUAUGGAUCAGUAGGCAAUAGACUCUCUAACGAGGAAGAUAUCUUCUGAGAAUGUUGAGGAUCAUGUUCAACCCCAAGAACUAAAGCAAUAUUUUGAAAGGUACAAUCUAAAAAGUGAUUAUUUAUUGAAGAGCACCCAAAGGAAAUUUAGGAGUGAUUCGCUACACUAAUUCCAACGAUGCUAGUAGCUCAUGUGAAACUGAUAAUACUAUAAGAACUACUUUUAAUAUUAUUAUUUUUAGGAUUUGUUGAACUACUUUUAAUAUUUACUUUUGUUUACAUAUUAAUUAUAAAAUUUCAUUUUAAGUGUUUAAAUGGAGAAUUAUUAAAGUUGACAAAUGUUUAACUCAUAAGAGAUUUGAUUUAUAGAAUGAUAGCGCAAGGAUCAGAAGAUUUGUUCAUACAAAGUAAAUGUGGCCACCAAAAGCAGUCCUGAUUAGUCCUGAUUAGGAGUGUUUUCUAAUUGGUUUUUUUUUUUGUUCAUUACCUUCUAAAUUUUGGUUUGAUUGAUUUUGUGAAUUCUGAUGGAAUAGCGAUUUUGUAAAUUGAUAUCCUAAACUCUUAAAUUUUUUGGUAGUGGGCUAUUUUCUAGUGAAUUUGAUUAUUAGUUGUUUUGGUGUA